GGGUAAUGGAUGGCAAAUGCCUGCGGAUAUGUGGAAUCUUGGUGUUCUGUUAUGGGAUAUGAUCGAAGGCAAAGAGCUAUUUCGGCAUAUCUAUGAUCAACAAGGUUGCUACGAUGCAAAACUACACAUCGCUGAAAUAAUAGCGCUACUUGGUCCACCUCCUCUAGAAGUCAUACAAAGGUAUCAAUACAUGCGAGAGUACUCGUGGCCAGAACCUGUCCGGCAAGAAGAUGGCAGGGUAUGCGAGACUGCGGAGGAGUACUUCUGUGGGCCAUUCUUUGACAAUGCUGGUCACUUUCUCUAUGAAGACCUGAUCCCCGACCGGAAACUAGGCGACACAGUUUCCUUCCUUGAGGGAGAGGAGAAGGAAACAUUUUUGGAUCUCGCCAAGGGAAUGCUUGUCUGGCAUCCAGAUGCAAGAAAAACGGCAGGAGAACUGGCGAGACAUCCUUUUCUCCAACCAAAGCAAACAACCACCUGAUUUCUGCGAGCAUUUGCUAGCGGAAUGACUUGAAAUCAUGGUUGAUCCCAAGUUCGACAGUGCCACCAGAUGACCGGUUGAAGCGUUGACGUUUGUCUUUUUAGAAUAACAUUUAGUGGAGUCAGUUGAUCCGUCUUGAUCAGAAAGUGAUAGAAUUAUAUUCUAAAUAGCAUCAAUCAUAAUUUCAUCAGGGAGA